UUAUUCAUAAAUGGUAGAAUAUAUAGGUGCAUUCCCGUUGGGAUGCAAGUAACACACUUUUAAUUAGUUUUCUUAUAUAUGCAAGUAUUGUCCGAUUCAUAUUAAAGUUAUUUUGGAUUUGUUUGUUGUUUUCAAACAUCAGCCAUGCUGAUGAUAAACUCCUUAUUCCUCUCAUCUUCUUCGUCUCCUCGUCUCCUUCUUAACCACACCAAAUCUCCUUCCAUUCCAAUCACCACUUCCAACCUCCCCAUAUCCAAUCCAGCAACUGCUAUCAGCACACCACUGAGAUGGACCCCGCAGACCCUUCAGUUUCGGGCCUCAUCGUCAUCAGCCAAUCCGACAGUCGAGGUUGCAUCACCGCCGGGAACUGAUGGCGAUGAGUCAGCUGAUGUGGUGGAAUCUGGAGCGGACGUUGUGAGGAAGUUCUACGCGGGAGUCAACCGCCAAGAUUUGGGUUCAGUGGAGGGGCUCAUAGCAGAGAAAUGUGUGUACGAGGACCUUGUUUUUCCUCGUCCUUUCAUUGGUCGCAAGGAUAUACUUCAAUUCUUCAAAAAGUUCAAUGAUUCUGUCGGCAAAGACCUUAAGUUUGUUAUUGACGACUUAUCCGCUGAGGACUCCACGGCAGUUGGGGUAACAUGGCAUUUAGAAUGGAAUGGGAAGCCUUUUCCCUUCAGCAAAGGAUGUAGCUUUUAUAAGUUGGAGGUCAUCGAUGGCAAGAGACAAAUAAUCUACGGGCGAGAUAGUGUCGAACCUGCGAUCAAGCCUGGAGAAACUGUGUUGCUAAUACCAUCCAGAUGCUAUACACUGUACUAUGGUAACCCAGCAUGAGCAAUGCCCCAUCAACAAGUAUAGGUGACAAGAAUUUGUGCUCAAUCUAAUCCUGUCCGAAUACAACAAUAUGAGCAGCAGCACCAGAAGCAAGUCGAAGAAAAUUUGGACCCAAAGGAACAUCACUGAUGUAGGAAUUUGAAUCUUCCUUUGAUGGGAGGUGUUCCAGUUGACGAAUGCAGCAAUACAAUCUCAAUGCCAUCAUCUUGGGGUGACCAGUCUAAGCUAGACCUGUAAACGGGUCGGAUUUAUUGAAUAUGGGUUGGGUUCAACUUGACUUGUUAAGUUAACAAGUUAUCUGAACCCAAUCCGUAUAGAAACCCAAAGUACAGAGAGAUAAUUUCUAUCUUAAUAUUCCUCUUCUCAUUUACUUUUCAUAACAUACUUUUACAUUUACAUUUCGAUAACUAUAUAUAGUUAAGGCUAUGUACCAAAAUAUCUAUGACAGCCUGUAAACAUAACCACCUAACCAAACUAUACAGUUGUAAUAAUACAGUUAUAACAAGAAUGAUUUUCUAACUACAAUUAUAUGAACUGUUAUGACUUGGCAUCUUUAUCUUUACACCCCCUCAAGCUG